CUAACCAAACAGGAUCGACCUCUCUCUUUCUCUCUCAGCCCUCCAGCCAUAAACACACAGCCAGAGGAGAGGGAUGCCACAGCUGAAAGACGGACCGUCGGUCGGCACGAAAAGCAGGCAGUGCGAGACCAUUUUUCAGGUGUACGCUCGGGUUAUGUACUUAUUUUAUGCGCCUUCCGGAAACAACUUGGUCCAAUUCUGGGUCUGUUGACAAUUUGUUAUCUGUCAUCUCUCUGUUGGCGGUAAUAAUAAUGCUUCCCAGCCCGCUCAUAACUUCUUCUACCACGCCUUUUUCUGUGAAGGACAUUCUGAAGUUAGAGUUGCAGCAACAAUCUCAGCAGCACCAGCUCCAGUUUAUCUCCUGCUUCGGUCUCUCUGGCACGCUGGCACAGCCGGGGCCUUUCCCAAACAAACCCUUCCGCUCUCAUUCACCGCCCUCCUGCAUGUUGGCAGGUAGGGACAGUUCAAGUCCCAUUAGCUCCGGCAUUUCGGAGAGCGAGGAGAGGAUGUCGUACCUCAACACGCUGACUGUACAGGAGCGGCUGGCGGAGUCCGGUCUGUCGGUCGAGAUGUUCGGCAACCCGGAGCAGAACCACUCUUCAGACCUCCGGCCGGAGACCGAGCAGGAGGACCAAGAUACCAAGAGCUGCGGUGCGUUGCGGGGUGAGUGUGAGGAUCCAGACUCGGAGAAGCCCGCCACCAAGCAGCAGAGGACCAGGAGGAAACCCCGCGUCCUCUUCUCCCAGGCUCAGGUGUUUGAGCUGGAACGGCGCUUCAAGCAGCAGCGUUACCUGUCCGCCCCAGAGAGAGAGCACUUGGCAAGCUCCCUGAAACUUACCUCCACCCAGGUCAAGAUCUGGUUCCAGAACAGGAGGUACAAAUGCAAGAGGCAGCGGCAGGACAAGACUCUGGAGAUGGCAGGUCAUCACCAUCACCACCACCCACCGCCGCCGCCCAGGAGGGUGGCUGUGCCGGUGCUUGUCCGGGACGGGAGGCCUUGUCUGACUGGAUCACAGAACUAUAACACCUCUUACACAGUCGGAGCUCCAAACCCGUACAGCUACAACGGCUAUCCAGCCUACAGCUACAACAACUCGGUGUAUACUAACACUUACUCUUGUACUUAUUCUAGUUUACCUGCUCUGCCGCCCAGCAACACCGCUGCUAACGCUUUUAUGAACAUGAAUUUGGGAAACCUCGGUCCACAGACGCAAAGCCAGGCUCCCCAAGGACCAGUCGUCACGCCCUGCCAAGGAACUCUGCAGGGCAUCCGGGCAUGGUAGCGCGGUCUUUACGCACAAUCACAGCUGGGAGACGUUUCUCUGGGAUUGCUGAAUGGACUCAAGCAUGUCAACCUGCCAAUGCAAUGAAAGCACAAUUUAAAACUAUGUAACACAUUACAGACAGAAUAGGCCAGUUGAUUGUAAAGCAAUGAGGGCCUAUGAGGAAACCCUAACUCACUGACUGAGAUCCAAACCAUAUAGUAUAUGCGCAUUUGUCUCUGAGCCACAAAACAUAUUAAACCUACUGCUGGAUAUUUGGUCGUGGGACUGAAUGUUGCCGAUGAGCCUAUGCGUAAUGUGGCCUUUUCUGGUUGAAAAAAGAUAUGUGCAACAAGAGUGAAAUUGUUUGGAAAUUUUCAUACAAACGCAACUUUCUAUGUUUAGCCCAUAAUUAAUAAAAUAUUGGCCUAACAAGGUCUUUUUAAUUCGAUCCCGAAAUGAAUUACAAGAUUCAAUAUCGACCACAAUUGUUGGAUAAUGGAAUCAUAUAUAGUAUUAUGUUUUGUUUUUUUUCUUUUAACAGUUAAACUAAGUGAGAGAUUAAACGGUAUCCUAUAAAACUGAUGAUGAAAUUAAACAUAAACAACAUAAUGACA